AUGUCUCAGUCAAGCACGCCAUUCGAUGGAGUCACUGAAGAUCCGUUUCUUUCGUCUUCAAAUCAGGAUCAGUUCUUCAAGGCCGACUUUGAGGAAUUAUUUGGCUCUAGUGGUUCGGAUGGAGCCAUCUUCUCUUCGAACAAUAGCGAAGUGUUUGACGGCACUGACUUCGCAUACGGAGAUGUCUCACGAUUGCCUGCCGACUCAUCAAGCUCCUCCGUCAUAUCGACGCCUGAACCCUCAAAUCACAGCUCUAAUCGGCACUCAUCAGCGUAUCCUACUCCAGAAGCGGACAAGCCGCAUCCUCAUCCAUUAAAAACUUAUCAGCCUUACGAAACGAGUAUACCUCAGCCCGUCUUCAAUUCUCGACCUUUUCCCAUCAAAUCACAGACGAACAACGUCCAACUCUAUUCAGCACAGCUGGUGCAGCCCGGCAGUCGCCGAAGAUCACUCAGUCAUGGCGACAUGGACCGAGUCGUAGCAGCAAGCAUACCGAACCCAACCUUCAUCCGUCUCCAAGCACCACGUGCCAGAACUAUACCUGAAGAACUACGGGGGAGAGACCUACACUCGCACUGUGGAAGGGGCUCAUGCCAAAGUCCCCCAACUAGAGACCGGCUGACGAAGCCUACAAGCAUGCCGUACUCGCUACAGUCUAGCCCAUUGGUAGGCGGUAUGCUGCCAACCCCGAUCGGAACGCCGUUGAACGUAAUGGAAAACACCGACUUCGACACCAACACGACUCAUCAAGAUCACAUCAUAGAAAACAACAAUCCGUUUUUUCCUUCCUUCCCAGAGGGCCCUCUCUUUCGACAAAUGUUGCGUCCAGAAGAACUUGAGAGAAGCCGGCAGAUUAUCGAAAUUGGAGCCCUUGCCGUCACCAGCCACGGUAGUAUUGACCCUAUGCUUCAACCAUACACUUCUGUAUCAAACCAAGAGCGUAUCUUGAAGAAACUGAUCGAUAUUGAAGAACACUUAGGGAAGAGCGGGGGCGCCGAGGCGCUUCGCAGUUGCAGAACAAUACGGGAGGCCUUGAUCGGGAAGACAGAGUGUGAAGAAGAGGCAAAGGGUGUGGAUAGAGUGUUGGAACAUGAUGGAAACACGGCAAUAAAUACCCCUAAGGAAGCAUAUUCCAAUUUGUCCAAUGGUUAUGAUGAUAACGAGAUCAUGGCAAUGCUGAUGAGUCAGCAUGGGGGGAGAGAAGGUGAAAAUGGGGAAUGA